GUGGUGUGGUCAACGGGGAACUCAUCAUCACUUUAAAACGCACCACAGACUUGGCACAAAAGAAGCGCUCGCAGGCGAACACAGACCCUUAUUACAAAAAGGGAAAGACGUUUUGCACCUUGCGCACUGUCUAAGAAGACUCACUUAAACCCAGAGGAACGCAGACUUUGAGUUUAAUCGUACUUUUGGCUGCACCUGAUGCGACGCUGUUUGACUGCAGUCUGGUGAUGUGGAUGAGGUCAUUACGCACUGGCAAAAACUCGUUGUUUUCACAUAAAGCUGGACUUUUAAAGCGUAUUAUUUUUGUAUUUCUUCCUCUUCUUUCUGUCUGAAAAGUCACAUGACGCAAAGUUUUACUUGGAGUCCAGGUUUUGUGGUGAGACUGUGUGUGUGCCUGCCUAGUGGAGUCUUUUUGCUGAUAAAAAGGAAGGAAACAUGAACUUCUCCUUGUUCGACGUGACCCCGGGCGCGCUGUUUAACGGCAGUCAGACCCUCGCCGGGACUUUGGCGACAUAUUCCGGCAAUGGAACCGACAACGUGGUGACCGGCGACGGCGGAGGGUCCCUGGUGCUGGUGCAAGACGAGCGCAAACUCUUCGUCAUGCGUGUGGUGCAAAUCGCGGUGCUAUGCGUGUUGUCGCUUACCGUCGUGUUCGGCAUAUUUUUCCUAGGGUGCAACCUGAUGAUCAAAUCGGAGAGCAUGAUUAACUUCCUGGUAAAGGACCGGAGACCCUCUAAAGACGUGGAGACGGUCAUGAUUGGGCUCAGGUAGAGCACGGAGAGCGGGUCCUGUGGAGAACUGGAGCGGAGAUCCGGUGAGGAUCGGGUGCGCGUUUCCUUCCGCAGGUUAUGAUCUGUAUCUGCAUGUACUAGCCACUCAAAGACGCCCCUUGUGUUUAUUAGUGAGGAAAAGAUAUGCAAAAACAUUACAUUUCCUUCCGAAAAACGACUACAGGAAAGUAGUCCAGUGACCAAUGUUCGUGCGUAAAGUUUGUGGUAAAACACGGGAAAUUGUUUACACGUGGGCCGAUCUGUUGAAUCUUUUGAGUGAAUUUAAUGUUGCCAAACUGAACAAAGUGACAAAAAAUGUUUACAAGCUGUUACCUCAUUUUUUGUUUAGUUUUUGUUUUAGUUUUCUUUUUUUUUGUAAAUUUGAAAUGAUUGUUCAUGAAUAUUUUUUAAAACUGUCAAAAAGCAUGAUUGUGAAUGCUUAUAGUUCCACGUCUUCCAGUGUGAUAUGUGGACUUGAUGGACAUGUGGGUAUUCUCUAUACAAAGUAUUUUUCUUGGUCUCGUUUGGUAAAUACACUCAAAAUACAGAAAUCUUGCACGUUUUUCAACAAACUCCGUCCAAGCUUUAUGGAGUGGUUCUGGUCCUGUUUGGCAUGCUCUCUUAUUGAUCUGUAAAGUGAUUUUUGGACCCGUUUUGCACUUUUGAAAUCACUGAUGCUGCAUGAAUUAUUUUGUAUGAAAAAAAACCUUUGCAGCAUGCAAUUAAAACGUUGAAAUGACCAUAUAAAGUGUU